CGCGCGCGCGAGACGUCGCGGAUCGAGCACAGCUGUGGAGAGUAAAAGAGAUCCAGGCAGGGCACAGAAGAACAUCGUGUAACGUAAUUGACAAUCUCAAACAUUCCGCACUUGUGACACGACGCGCGCUUAGCAGCGAGGCCCGCACAAUGGUAAACACAGUACGGUCGGCGUCGGGCGCGCGACUCGUCGCGGAUUCGAGUUUCGUCGACGAGAUGACGUCCAUCGACAUCAGCAGCAUCGACACGACCACCGAUUACGACGACGUCGUGUCGAAGAUGAGCUUUGGAUCGGUCAAGCCUCGACCGGCCACGAGGCGAGCUGACAGACCGAUUCGAGAAUUGACGUUGCCGGGCCACGUGGGUCUGGCCAGUCUUCCGGAGCAGUUCAUGAAGAGUGUGACUCGCAAUGGAUUUGUAUUCAAUUUACUCUGCGUCGGCGAAACCGGCCUCGGUAAGUCGACCCUCGUGGACUGCCUGUUCAACACAGGCUACGAGUACCGGCCGAGGAUGCAUCACUCGUCGGCGGUGAAGCUCGAGACCAACAGCUACGAUCUGUGCGAGAGCAACGUCCAGCUGAAGCUGACCGUGGUGAGCACGAUCGGAUACGGCGACCAAGUCAACAGGGAGGACAAUUUCCGGCCGAUCGUCGAGUACAUCGAUGCUCAGUUCGAGGCUCACGCCCGGGAAGAGUCGGGAGACUCCCGCUUGAGAGCCGUCGGAGCUUACCACGACGCUCGCGUGCACGCCUGCCUCUACUUCCUCUGUCCCACUGGUCACGGUCUGAAGAGCAUAGACGUCGCCUGCAUGAAGGUAUUGGGCACCAAGUGCAACGUUAUACCCAUCAUAGCCAAAGCCGACACCAUCGCCAAGAAAGAGUUGCAGGAAUUCAAAAACAGAAUAUUGAGGGACAUAGAGGCGAACGAGUUGAAGAUGUAUCAGUUCCCGACCGACGACGAAAGCGUGGCCGGCGUCAACGCGCUCAUGAACAUGCAUCAACCCUUCGCCAUCGUCGCCAGCAAGGAUUUCGUCAGAGUGGGAAACAGGAGCGUGCGCGGACGAGAGUAUCCCUGGGGAGUCGUGCAAAUGGAGAACGAGCAGCACUGCGACUUCGUCAAACUGAGAGAGAUGCUCGUGCGAACCAACAUGAACGAUCUGUGCGAGACGACUCAUACGCGGCAUUACUCGUUGUUCAAGCACGAGCGAUUCCAACGUUUGGUCAAGGAUAUCGAAAGAAUAAGAGAAGAAAAUGACGAGUCGUGCGAUUCGGAUCGGUCCUUCGCGAGUUUCAAAAAAACUGAAGCCGGACAACGGCUUACGUCUAAAAUUGCAAAGUACAAUAACCGUUUGAAAGUCGCCGAGGUGGAGAUCAAACGUAAAUAUGCAUUACUUCAGCAAGGUCAACAGGAGCUAGCGGAUAAAUUGUUAAAGCAAAAGUCGAAAUUGAAUUACGAAAUUGAAGUUUUUCAUACGCUGAAGAAUCGCCUAGCAAAAGCGCAAAUAAUUAAAGAAGAGCCUGGCAAAAGAAAUAAACUAUCGUGUUUUCCGAGUACCGAUGGAGAUUCAGGCUAAAUUGUAUAAAGCAAAACCCUUAUUUGAUUUAUGUGUGUAUAGAACAUAAAAUCCUUUAUUAGAUAUCAAGUUUACAAAUAUUAUCACACACGUUGUAAUGAAUUUUUGUCCAAAGAUGGUCAUAUUGUAAUAUAUAAAUUCAUAUAUUGUACAAAUAUAUUCGUAAUAGUAAAAUGACUA